AUGCCUGCUCCCCGACCUGCGGCUUGCACGCCACGGCUUGAACGGCGCUCGCUGUCAACCACAAGAACUCCGAGGUCAAUUAUCGCCAAUGAAGUAGAUAUCGAGGAUCCUGCCGCUGAAGACCCUCCAACUGCGCAAGAGCUGGAGCUGGCUCGCCUGAACGCCGAGUAUGCGAAGACCAAGGAUAUACGACAAUACCUGAGGCAAUGGAAAGAGAUUGUUCCUCAAACCCUAGAUUCAGUUCAAGAACCCGGGUCGAACAUGUCUGUCAACGCACAAUCUGUCGCCAUAAACGGCCGUAACUCCGAGGAAGGCCACCGAACUCACUCUCAAUUGACGGAGCGAACCGAUCUUGACGUAUCGGAGGAGUUUGAGGGUGAUCACUUGGAACCCGGUGACAUGAUAUCCUUAAUGAGAGGAGACGAUACAUCUUCUUUGGCCAUAUAUGUGCAGUCCGUCAACAGACAGAAGCAGUUCUAUACCGAGCGUGGAUUGUGGCGUAUCUGCCCUGCAGGUGAAUUGGAUUAUGUGGUUAAGGGCUUUGCUCCUCCUGAGUUGCUUGAGCCUCUUAAACCAUAUCUACCUACUGAACUUGCUCGUCCCAAUUCCGACAUCCAGCUUGUUGCGGAGGGUGGCAUCCCGAGACCAAUAGGAGCGCCACUACUGGAAAUGAUGGGCAACUUCUCAGAUCAUGCGGCGGAUUUUACUUUGGAGAAUGCUCAACGGUUGGACAAUAUCUACGAAAUAGCGGCCGAUGACCAGGAAUUUCAACGACUGACCCUCGACGAAUUGACGAUGAAGGUUUUGGAUAUCGAUGAAUCGGAACUGACCGCUGUGAACCUUUACGCUGUGCAUCAAUCUGUGCGAAAUCACCCAUUCCUGAUGGAAAAGGACUCAACCUCUCUGUUCUGCAGCCUGUACCUGGUGGAGCCGAAAAGAAUCGCCAAAAUUGUUGAGACAGUUACGAAAUGGGUUCAUGAACAUCAAAACAUUCUGGUUGAAGGGAUCGCAUCAUCUAAGACCGCAUCUAAUUUCGGUCAUCCGAUGCAGUUGUUCAUCCAAAAGGCACAGCGGCUCAUUCGUUCGAGCCGAAAAGUUCGCUCGCCGACUAUUAUGUCCAGCGUGGGACCUACAACUCAGCAAUUUGAGCCCGGGCAGGAUGGCAAGCCCAUGCUGUACCGUGAAAUCUUAACAGAGAAAUUCACAGAGAAUGACCGCAUUAUUUUGGAAUAUCUGCAACUGUUUGGCAUUCCAUCUGUGAUAAUGCCGUCUGGGACCUUGCGAUCUACCGCAUCGCACAUUAUGCGCGCGACGGGCAUGUACAAUACUCUCGGUCUCAGUGAGGCUUCAAGCCGCCUCUUCCUGCAGGAAAUUGGUGUCAUUGCCCCAUGGGAGAACCUCGGCCUUCUCGACCAAAGUCUUCUUCUUCCGGGCCACGGCAUGUCCCUUUUAGAGGAUAUGAAAUGGGAAGAGAUCGAGGAGAAUUGCAAGAAUCUUACUCUCACGGACUCAAUGCACAAGCUUCGAAAGGACUGGGGUGAUUUGCCUGUCUACUGUAUAGACGAUAUCCAUGCUCAAGAAAUCGACGAUGGCGUUUCUUUGGAACGGAUUCCCGGCUCGAACGACACAUUCUGGAUUCGCAUUCAUGUCGCCAAUCCAACAGCCUUCCUGCGUCAUGACGACCCUAUCAUGGAGUAUGCGGGCUCUCGGUGGUUUACCACCUAUGCUCCUGAGCGUACCUACCCCAUCUUCCCGAGCUCUUUUACACAAAACAACUUCAGUUUGUCAGCUGGCCGGCCUACGUUGACAUUCAGCGCGAAAAUGAACCUACAAGGCGAGAUUCUCGACACCGAAGUGACAAAUGGAAGUGUCCACAAUGUGAUCAAUAUUACUCACAGCAAGCUGCGUGAGCUCUUCAACCCCGACAGAAAGGAGUCUACAAAUGCAUUGCAAGUCGGCGGUACUCCCAUCGACCAGCCCCUAGCCGCCGAUCGAGUCAUACGCGAUACCCUUACAUCAGAAGACCAAGACACUUUCACGACUCUUCGCAGUCUAAUGCUAGGCUUCCGUACCCAGCGGCAGAAGAACGGGGCGAUGGACAUGCAACGCCUGAAACCUAACCCAGCCGUCUCCGUUCAAAUGGGCAUAAUUCCUGCAAAGCCAUAUGAGAUGCAAAUCACAACGGGGAAGACUUUCAUUGGUGACCCAAAAAUCCAGCUUCGUAUUCAAAACUUUGACUCGCACGAAGUCCAAGAUGAGUCCAAAGAAAACCUCGUCUCUUUACUCAUGAACCUGGCUGGCCAUAUCGCGGGCCAAUUCUGUGCUACUCGCAAUAUCCCUGUUGUCUUCGAUGGUACCUGGUAUGACCCGGAAUACGCCCGCGUCACACGCGACAACAUCGCUCAGUUCGGCGGCGAGAAAUUCUUCCAGUUCGCUAUGCCAAAGGCUUUGUCUAAGUCUGCUCCCAUCAAGCACCACUUCCUGGGCAUAGAUGCAUAUGUCAAGAGCACGAGUCCGCUGCGUCGUUUCACCGAUGUGGUUGCCCAUUACCAGAUCGAGGCUGCUUUGCGCUUUGAGCAUGAAAAUGGUCGCCAGUUCGAUGCAGCCAUUGACAUGCCAGAUGAGGCCGAGCUUCCAGCUGAAAACGAAGGCGAAUCUGAACCCGUCCAGUCGGACUCAAAAGCUGAAUCAUCUGUUCCGGAACAAUCUUCCCUUCCCCUCCCUUACACCCAAAUCGACUUGGACAACAUGAUCCACUUCGCGCAGCCCUUGAAAACACGUCUCAAUGAGAUUUCUUCCUUCUCCCAACAACACUGGGCCUGCAUGCUCCUCUUCCGCGCCUUCUACUUCGCCGAAUGCGAAUUGCCACCUUCGUUCCCUGUCGUCUUGCGCACGCCGCGACUUACUGGGGUCAAUCCCGACGAGGGACUGGUCUAUUCGGGGUUCAUCACAAGUUUGGGUGUUAGGUGCAUGGUCACCAUCCCGAAUAAUUGUCCCGGUCGAGAGGAUAUGGAUGUCUUCGGAGUUGUUGAGGCUACUAUUCAGGCUGUUGAUAUGGCGAGGCUGGAGGUGAAGAUGGAGGCAACUGGGUUAAUUAGUCCUUUUGAGAGAAGGGGCGAGUGGGCUUGA